GCAAUCCUCCUCUCUUCGGAAUGAGAGAGGCGGCCACCUUCUCCUGGCCGACCAUCUAAUCAGAGCCAGAACAACGAGUUAGAAGCCCUUCGUUUCCUUCGUCUUCGCUCGAGCCAUGGUCGACGUCGAUCGCCACAUGGGGGGCCUCACGCCUGCCCACGCCGCCGGCCUCCGCCGCCUCUCCGCCCGCGCCUCUGCAGCCCCCACAUCUUCCACCGCAGCCGUUUCCCACCAUGGCGGCCUCCUCUCCUUCCGCCCCCUCGCGGAGUCCGUCCUCGCACGUCUCCGCGCCGCCUCCGUACCCAUCCGCCCUGGCCUCUCCGAUGCCGAGGUCUCGCGCCUCGAGGCCGACCUCGCCGUCUCCGUCCCUCCGGACCUCCGCGCCAUCCUCGUCCUCGGGCUACCCUCCGCCCCCGGCUUCCCCGACUGGCGCCCCUCAUCCUCCUGCACCGACCUCCUACUCCGCGCUUCCCUCGACGUCCCCCUCGCCGCUGCUUCCCUCCAGGUCGCCCGCGGCGCCCUCUGGCCCCGCUCAUGGGGUCCCCGCCCUUCCGACCCCGACCGCGCCCUAGGCGUCGCCCGCGCCGCCCUCCGCCGCUCCCCCUUCCUCAUCCCCGUCUUCGAUCGCUGCUACAUCCCUUCCCGCCCCUGCCUCGCUGGCAACCCCAUUUUCUACGUCGACGAGCACCGCGUUUUCUGCUGUGGCUUCGAUCUCGCCGAUUUCUUCCAGCGCGAGCCCACCUUCCCUCCGGCUUCCCGACGUGAUCCCCACCCGAUCAGCUCUUCCGACGCUCCGCUCCCGCCUCCCCCACCGCCCCCCGCCCGGCGGAGCCUGGACGCCGUCGCAGGGAGGACACCCCGGUGGAUCGAGUUCUGGAGCGACGCUGCCUCCGAUCGCCGCCGCCGGAACUCGUCCUCAUCGGCGUCCUCGUCCUCCUCCGGCUCGGCGUCACCGCGGCUGUCGGACCCGCAGCGGUCCGUGGAUAUCCGUUCUCAAAGGCGUCUGCCGGGCUGGGUCGACUGCUACCUCGACCAGAUCGGGUCGGUCCUCCGAUCGUCCGGCUGGGGCGAGUCGGACGUCAUCGAGAUCGUCGGCGUGCCACCAUCGAGGUUCUUCGACGGCGAUGUCGAAGCGUCGACCGCGGCCGCGAUCGACUCCGAAGCGGCGCUUGACGCACUGCUGGUGAAUGCGGACCGCUGCUCCCAGUCGCUCCGGCGAGCAGGGUGGAGCCCCGACGAGGUCUCCGACGCGCUGGGUUUCGACUUUCUGCGGCGAGAGGGGAGGCGGGAGAGACCUCCGAUGGAGUUACCCCCCGAGAUCGCCGCCAAGGUCGAGAAGCUCGCCGAGGCGGUGGCCACAUCCUGACGGGCGGUGUCCAGAUCCCCCACCUGGCUUCUUCUUUGUUAUUAUUUUAAGCACCUUCGUAACGGUCGACUAUGUAUCGUACGGGAAGCCGUAUGAAAAGGGGGAGGAUGACGUGUACAGAACAACAACAACAACUACAACAUGGAAGUUAUCAGAUGGACAAUAUCCAUGAAUCAUGAAACCGAUCAAAUAAUAUUAUGAACUCAUGGGAGGUCUCUCUCUCCAUUUGGA